CGUUUUGUUGUCGUAUGAGUAAUGUUUGGCCACUGAGUUGUUUUUCCAAAGCAGAUUUUUUGUUAAAAAAAAAACCCUUGGUUUUGCGAGUCGCUCGCCGUGGAGCGCGAGGUGCGAGAAUGCUGCCGAAUGCUUCGCGGAUCUACCCCGCAGAAGUCCGCGACGAGUAGAGGCUGGCGAAGCACCGCCGUGCGACACGCUCGCGAUUGAGAUAACAUCUCUCUGUUAAAUGGUGAUUAUCGAUGCCAUGGAGAGAAGGAUAAAGUUGAAAAAUCUGAACAGUCACAUAACGUGCAAGAUAUGUCGGGGAUACUUGAUUGACGCCACUACGGUUACCGAAUGCUUGCAUACCUUCUGCAAGAGCUGUCUGGUGAAGCAUCUGGAGGAGAAGCACACCUGUCCGACAUGCCAAAUUGUCAUACACCAGUCGCAUCCGCUUCAGUACAUCAGCUUCGACAGAACUAUGCAGGAUAUAGUCUACAAAUUGGUUCCCGAUCUUCAAGAGAACGAGAUCAAGAGGGAGAGAGACUUUUACCGAGCCAGAGGUUUGUCUUGUCCCAAAGAUAUUUUACCCAACGCUGGCGAAAUCGAGGAAGAAAAGGCAAACGCGGAUGCACACGCGGAAUCGGAUUAUCAUCGUACUGACGAACAGGUUAACGUAUGUCUGGAGUGUACAAACUCGAGUUUAAAGACUCUAAAGAGAAGGUUUAUCAGAUGCUCGGCUCAGGCUACGAUAACGCAUAUGAAAAAGUUUAUCGCCAAGAAGGCUUUGAACGGCAUGGAAAAAUAUAGAGAUAUCGAUAUUUUGUGCAAUAACGAAUUAUUAGGUAAAGAUCACACGUUGAAGUUCGUUUACGUGACGAGAUGGAGGUUCCGGGACCCACCCUUGAGGUUACAAUAUAGAUCGCACAUAGAUAUGCAAAACUAACCCCUCCCACAAUCGAGAUGUACAAAAAUCACGAAGGAUCUGUUCCUCUA